CGGCAACCGGCAGCAGUCGCUUCCGUCGCGUCCGCCCAGCAAGUACUGUCGCGACACGGCGCAAACCGCUGUUACAUUUAUUUUUUCAAUAUUGUUAUUUUUCGUUCCGUUUCGCGCGGUGCCGUCCGUCAGUGUGUAUUCAUUAUCCGUCCGCGAUCGCAUUCACGACGCUCGCUCGUUCGCCACACCGGUCGACGGUUAUAAUAUUUUAUUAUUAUUAUAAAAUAUAAUAAUAUUAUUAUCGAACGAUAUUAUUAUUUUUCCGACUCCGAUACGCGACGACGAAAUACCGACUAAUAUUGUUAUUGACAUUUUAUUUUUAAAAUAUAUUAAUUGGUCGACGACGGGGCAGUUUCACUCGCAGGUCGCGGAAAAACAAAACGUUUUCACGAUUUUUUUUUUUCGACUCGUACGCGAGCGCCACCACACAUGGAUAACGCUCCUUCCUGAACGCCGCCGACAGCAAGCGCGCCGCACACAGGCCAAUCGUUGAGAAAUGGUAGCUGACACGGCCAACAGUUAUCAUCAUCAACAGAAAACUCAGCAGCAGCAGCCGCAGCAACUAAACCAACAGCAGCAUCAGCAACAGCAGCAGCAGCAUCACCAUCAGCAACAGCAACAAAAACUCCACCAACAACAGCAGCAGCAACUUCACCAAAUCCACCUGCAACGCCAACAACAACAACAACAGCAGGAGCAAAACAGUGGCGGAGCCAUGCCACAGUAUUGUAGCGACAUGGAACAGUCGGGUGGUCCCGGGAGCAUGAGGUAUGACGAUUCUGUAUCACCCGGACCAGAAUCGCCAGGACCUGGCGAACCAUACCCACCCGGGUUCGACCUCACCGCGCAUCUGCAGCACAAGGAGUUUUUUGCGCAGCGUAAACAGCGUGAGUUUAUACCGGAUAAUAAGAAAGAUGAGAGCUACUGGGACCGGAGGAGGCGGAAUAACGAGGCGGCCAAACGAUCCCGCGAAAAGAGACGUUUCAACGACAUGAUCCUCGAACAGCGGGUGGUCGAACUCAGCAAGGAGAACCACGUGCUCAAGGCCCAACUCUCAGCCAUUAAGGACAAGUUCGGCAUCAGUGGCGAGGCUGUGGUCAGCGUUGAACAGGUUAUGGCUUCUUUGCCUACAAACGAACAAGUGUUGAGCAUCACGAAACGCCCGAAACUUUCUACGUCGUCUUCGUCCUCGUCGGUGGGUUACUCUCAGAACGGGUCCGGUCCCAUACCCACAUCGGUCAUCCACCAGCCCGUGCAGUCGACCACGCCCAAAAUGAACGGCUCGUACUAUGGCGGCGCACAGUCCGACUGCGACAGCCCUGUCGACCAACACCAACUCCAGCAACAACAGCAGCAACAGCAACAGCACCAGCACCAGCAGCAGCAGGGUGACCGAAACCUGCCGAUGUCCGUGGCCGCCGCAGCCGUGGCCGCCGCGGCCCAGGCCGGGUACCCGCCGUACCCGUUUGCGCCCGUUCUGCCACCACUGCAGCCACCGUCCUUCGAGGCGGCUGCCAACAGCGUGCUGAACCUCAGCCGCCGGCCACCGUCUCCGUACGAGCUGAGCAGCGGAAGUGGUGACGACACAUCGUCGUCUUGCGUGCCCAUAUCGCUGGCAUUCGUGGCCGCGGCUGCUGCCGCAGCGGCCGGUGGAGUCGUCGGACCGGGCGGCGCGUUGGUCGGAAACAACAACAACCAGAAUAACAACAAUCACCACCAUCAGCACCGACACCGGCACCACUUUAACGGCAACGGCAUGAUGGCCAUGAUGACCGGUGGUGGCGGCGGAGGUAUACCGAUCGCGGUCCUCAACAAUAACAACAACAACGUCUCCAUGGUCCACGGCAACGACAACAACGCUGCGGGCAUCAUCGGUGGCGUCAACGGCAACAACAUCGCUGCGAUCGUCAACAGCGGCGGUGGAGGCAACGGUGGCGGCAACUGUCUGCCACACAAGCUCCGUCACAAGACGCACUUGGGUGACAAGGACGUGGCGGCCACAGCGUUGCUGUCGCUGCAGGCCAUCAAGCAGGAACCCGGAAGCAGCCGGGCCAGUCCACCGUGGGAUGCGGAGGGAAGCAGCGACGAGCGCGACUCUGGCAUUAGCCUUGGCGUCGAAUGGGGCGUCCGGCCUUCGUCCGCUUCGGUAGCCGCGUGCCCGACGGCCGCCUCGGUGGCCGCGCCCCGUGCCGCCGCCAUGCAGUCACCGGCCGCCGCCACGAUGGGUGGCGAGCCGGCCGACGGUGCCGUGCACGCGACCGCCCCGACGGCCGCGGCCGCUGCCGACGACACCAGACUCAAGUCCGAGGUGGCCCGGCUAGCGUCCGAGGUGGCCACCCUCAAGAACAUGCUGUCGUCCAGGAAGUCGGCCACCGCGGCACCGGCCCAGUCCACCACCGUUGCGGUCAACUAAUCGCGGCGGCAGGCUAUGACCACGGAUACAAUAAUUUUGUUAUUCGUUAUCGCGAUCCACUGGUAUUUUGUUUGUUAUACGUUCGCACGCGAAUCCAUACAUAGGUAAAUUAUUAUUAUUUUUUUUUUUUAUGAAUAUUAUUUUUAUUAUUAUUAUUAUUAUUUUUAUUAUUAUAUAUUAUUAUCAUCAUUGUUAUUAUUAAAAGCUAUGGUAGUUUUGACGAUGUUUCGUAAAUCAAUCGAACACGUUUUCGUCGCCCACCGAAUGUCUUAUUAUAAUAUCAUAAUAAUAUGUGUGUAAUAUAAAAUAGAUGAUAUUAUUAUAAUGUUAUUAUUGUUAUAAUAUCGUAUCUCGAAAAAAAAAAAUGAUUAUUGUUUUUUUUUUUUUGUUUUUUUUUGCUUUCUUAACGACGAGCGCACCACACUCGAUGAUCGAGGGUUAGGUACUUGUCGGGGGUGGGUGAGUGAAAUCAUAAACGCUGCGUAAAAAUCUAAAGACGAAUUUUUUUCCCUCGUCCAUCAGUGCAGUCGAUCGUCGGAUAAUUUAAUAUUAUAACGUGUAAAUAAACUUGUAACAAUAAUACAUAUUAUACGUAUUAAAUACGUACGGGGCGGUUCUUCAUGAUAAUAUAAUAAUAUUAUAAUAUAACGGCGACACAAACUUGCAGUGAACCGCGACCGUGAGAGAAUCGCCCUGUACGUACACUAUAUAUAAUAUACAUAAUAUAUAUUAUAUUGGUGUAUGUGUGUGUGUUUGUAUAAUGUAUAAAGUAUAUUAUAACGCAAUUUUUUUUUUUUUUUAAAUAUAUACGUUACGCCAAAAACAUUCUAACGGACGGGGGCAAUAUGGCAGGCGAGGAUGUUGCUAUUUAGCUAAAUAUUAUUAUUUUUCUUCAGUCGUGUGUGCGGUGUGCCGCAUAUGCGAAAGCGACCGACCGCGGUGUAUUAUAUAGACCUAACAUGUAGGACGCCUAUCUGCAAUCAUGCAAAACAAAACGUUCUUUUCACCACCAGCCGUCGCGAUUGCAAAUUAAAAUAUUAUUACCUACACUAUCAUGGCGGACGAGAUUAUGUUUAAAGUCGAAUUUCCGUUACUGCAGUGAGCUUGUCGGAAUCGAACCACAACAGAUCUGCGGGAAUAAGCAAUUUGACCGUUUUUUUUUUUUUGAAUACGAUUAGAAAAUGGAAAAAAAAAACGCCUCGAGAGGACCCCCUCCCCCCCUUUUUCUAAUCUUUGGAAACCUCUGCCCCCGACUCGUACGGCGGUCUCGAAUAAAAUAUAUCUGUGAUAAACGUUCGAACGCGUACCUGUUGCCGUCGUUCGGUUUUUGUGUUUUUGGUGUAUUUUUACGCGUGUCGAUAAACGCCGCCGACACCGUAAAAUAAUAGAUAAUAUUAUAUUUUACAUAGUAAAAUUGUAAUUAUUAUUAUGAUUAAUAUAAUGUAGACAUAAUAACGAGAAGGAAAGCAUAUUAUACAAUAUUGUAAUAUUACUUUAUCGUUUUGCGUUUGCGUUGCAAUAUCGAAUAUUUUUAAUAAUAUUAUGCUUAGCAUACAAUAAUAUUAUAUUGCAAUUUUAUUAUAUUGCGCGAACUCGCGUGUUAUUGUCUAAGAAUAUUACAAUACAAUGAUAUUUUAUUUAUUAAUUUAUUUGUACGAUCACUAUAUAAUAUUAUUAUUAUUAUGAUUUUUAUUAAUAUUAUUAUUCAUCGUCAUGAAACUUAUAUUCUGUAAUAAAUUAUUUAUAAUCGUAAGUUUUUAUUUUUUAAACUUGUACAAUGCAAAAGUUUAUGUUUUUUAAUAUUAUGACGCAUAACAUGCGUAUAUAUUAUUACUAUGAUUUAACAACCUGUACAUAAUAUUAUAAUUUUUAUUAUUACAUAAUACUAUAAGAUUGUUAUUGUUUUCUACUAUCUAUAUAUUAUUAUUAUUAUUAUUAUUAUUAUAUUAUAAAAAAUAUCCAUAUUAUUGUAAUAAUAUAUAAUAAUACAUGAAAUAUAUUAUAUAAUAUAUUUAUCAUCAAA